AUGGCAAAAUCACAAAAUAAAUUAGUAGUCAGACUUUCACCGUACUAUGAGCUCAAUCCAGUAGAACUAAUUUGGGCAGAGGUUAAGAACAAGUUGUUCACAAACUAUGAGGAUCCAGAAGCAACCAAAGCAAUGUCGGUUCAUCUACAAACAGUUAUUAGCAAUAAUUUCGAACAAAAUACAAACAACCCUACAUUCCUAACCAUUGAAAAGGACGAUACAGCAAUGAAUAUACCGUCACCAAUAAUUAUAAAGGAUAAUGCAGAAUAUAUUGAAGAUGAUAGUCUUUUGUUAAUGGCUGCACCUUCGCCUGUUGGUUCCCCCACCCAAAGAACUCUAGCUUCGAAACGAAAAUCAAGGGAAGAAGAAAUGCAUUGACAUUCUCACAAACCGUUUCGUCAAAAGAAAAAAUUUCAAAGACCAGAGAGAUGAAGAACUUGUUGAGAAAAAAAGACAAA